AUGGCUACCACCGCCGGCGCUGCUGCCGCCGUGCUUCUCCUUCUUCUCACUGCUACCACUACCAUUUCCUUAUCGUCUCCGAUCCUGGGUCUGGACUCAUUCCUGAGCCAACAAUCUCGGUUGGAUCCACAAGCCACCAACGACUCCUUCCUCUCACUUCCCUCCCACCUCAGAAAAACCCUCUUCUCCGCCACUACCCAUCAUCGCCACCUCAUCUCCUCCCUCCAACUCUCCCUUUCUGUCUCCCUCCAUGUCAUCCUCGUCGGCCCUUCAUUUCCAUCGGACGCGCCCUCUCUUCUUUCCUCUUUCCUCUCCGCCGUCUCCUCCUCCGACCACUUCCACGUGAUCUCCCCCUUCUCCACAGACCACCGCCACCUCACCAAACACUCCCUCCACCUCGACGUGUCUCUCUCUCCUCCCUCCCUCUCUUCUCAAGUCUCCGAUGCCCUUCGCUCCCAAAUCUCUAAUACGCCCAAUUCCCUCCGAUCCUCUCUCAUCUCCAUCCCCUACGCCGCCGUCGACAACAUCAUCAGACAACACUUCGAAAAGGAGAAACCCCAUCAAGAGGUGUACAUCUAUUUGCUCAAUUUGGGUCCUCAAUCCAAAUCCUACGCCUACAACUACGGAUCCGGCGAGUCCUCCCCCGCCUUCACCAAGUGUUUCGGCAGUCUCUGGACCGGAAAAGAUCGGUACUUGUGGGUGGAUUUGGCUGCCGGGCCUGUGGACUACGGGCCGGCGUUAUCCGGUGAUGGGGUUCUGCCCAGAGGCGAGUUUCAUCCUUUGGCGUCGUUGCACGGCCGACCCAAGUCGCAGAAGGCCUUGCUUGCGGACUUCGCAUCAUUGGUCUAUAGCGCCUAUCAGGUUCUUGUUGUGCCCUCCUUGAGAAUUCCUGUGCCUUUUGAGAAUUCAUUGAUUGUUCAGUUUAUACAUGUUCAUGGGGACUUGAAUAUGGACUCUAAUGGGUUGGAUUGGCAAUCAAUAGAGAGGACUUUUAUGGAUGAGGUUAAUGACGGUGGAUUAUUGUUGGGGGAUCAGUCUUUGCGGUUUAAGACUUAUGAGUUGAGAUAUGCUGAUUGCGCCAUCUGUUCUUUCGCAAUUUCGAGGUCGACUAAUUCAUAUACUUCGAGGUUCUUGUUUGAUAACUAUACUUUGAUUGUUAGUGAGUAUUUGGACUCUAAGCGUUUGCAUCAGAUAUUGUCGGACUCGGCUGAGGAGUUUAGGAGAUUUGCAAACAUACCGGAAGAGGACUUUGGUAGGGUUCUGCCGGUUUAUGUGUUUGAUUUGGAUCACAAUGCACUGUUGUUACUUGAUCGGUAUCACCAGUCUGUUGCUUUUAAGGAUAUGGUUAUUGCUGUUAGAACAAGGAAUACGCAGACUGUGAGUGAUUAUAGUUGUAAUGGGCGCCAUAUGUUUACUCAAACACGAGAGCUUGAGAGGCCACUGGUUGGUUCAAUCCUGCAGAGUAUGUGGGGAGUGUCGCCGACCCAUUUGUCAUGGAGUCCAAGGCAUAAUAGCACUUUAGUUGAUUAUACAUGGAGUGUUGGACAGACUCCUUUUGGGCCAUUCUCGGAGACCUUAUCAUUGUCCUUUGUGCAGAAAGAUGCAGCCCGGAGAAACAUUCUUCUGACAUCAUUGAAUUACAGCCUUACAAGUGCUAUUGAUGUCCUAGAAUCCAUAGCUGCUCAUGGCGGGGAAAGGAAUCUUCUUAAACAUAAUCGUCAUGUUGAGUUUGUACAGAGGUGGAACUUAUUCAAGUACAAGUUAGACAAAGCAGUUUCUUCAUUGUCUCAUUUCGAUUUUGAAAUGGCUUUGUAUUUCUUGAGGUCUUCAGAUCAUGAUCUGUAUGCAAUUCACUCUCUUGUUUAUCAUGCAUCACAAGAAAUGGAGGCAUCGCUGGUUUGUUUCAAGGACCCCCCAUUUCCGUGGGCUUCAUUUUCUGGAUCUGUAGUAGUUGUUUUUGCUCUCUUUUAUGUUUAUACAAAAAGAGACAAACUUUUUAGAAACAAAAGGAAGCAAUUUUGAAGGCUUUUGAUGGAUAAGAACCUUGUAACAGUUGAAUUCAAUAUGACAUAUGUAUUUCUGUGAGAGGUAACUUACAAGCUCGGAAACCAGUAUUCAGUUUGACUAGAAAUGUAUUGCAAUUAGAACAAGCAUUUUGCAUUAUUUCCUAUUUCUUCUCAAGCCUCACCGAAUAUUUGUUUGGUUCA